AUGAAAACCAGGCCUGUUCCCAAGGUCCAAAGUAUGGAGCAGUGGAAAAGGAGGUCCAGACCUGGCAAGGAGGCUGAGCUAAACCAGCUGAGGACGGUGAUGAAGAACCUGUCACUCCUGAAGCUGUUGAAGAAGUCAAAUGCCCGUGUCAUAAGUCUCCACAGUCUGGCGAAGUCCUGCUGGAAGCUGCUAUUUCAAGUGCCCCAGAUACUGCGUGUUUCCUCCAGGACCAGUAGUGGUACUUCCUCCCAACUAAUGGAAAUGGACAGAGCCCCCAUAGAGAUUGGAGACCUGGUAGCAAAGAGUGCAAAAGUAGAGAAGGCAAAGGCAAAGGCAAAGGCAAAGGCAAAGGUGGAGAAGGCAAAGAGAGAGACCAAGAAGAAGACAAGGACUAAGAAUCAAUGCUGCUCCUUCUCCAUCUCUUCUUCCUACUCCAAGGCCAAAGCCACCAAGACUUCCCACUUCAUUGUCUUGAAGACUUUCCCAAAAUCCUACAAAGCAACCCCCCAGAACUUUAGCAAACCUUGCACAUGGUUCGAGGGCCUGCCCAAACGCAUCCAUAUACCAGCCCCCAGAACACUCUGUCGGCCUUCUGCACUUCGCUGGGUAAAGCGCUGCUGUACUCGGUUCUGCUCUGCAUCCUUGGAGCUGCCAAGGGCUUACCCCUACAAAGCAUGA